CGCGCGGCCCGGCGAGGGUCAGUACGCCGGGACCGAACCAGCAGUGGGAUCCCGCGCCAGCCAGGCUGAGGGCGUGAGAAGGCUCGGAGGCGAGCUCGAGUGGGAGCCCGGCGCCCGUGGUGGGAGGAGAAACCCAGCGACACCGGGUCGGGAGCUGGUGCUGUGUGAAGAUGGCGGGGCCGGAGCUGCUGCUCGACUCCAACAUCCGCCUCUGGGUGGUCCUGCCCAUCGUGAUCAUCACCUUCUUCGUGGGCAUGAUCCGCCACUACGUGUCCAUCCUGCUGCAGAGCGACAAAAAGCUCACCCAGGAACAAGUCUCCGACAGUCAAGUCCUAAUUCGAAGCAGAGUCCUCAGGGAAAAUGGAAAAUACAUUCCCAAACAGUCUUUCCUGACACGAAAAUAUUAUUUCAACAACCCAGAGGAUGGAUUUUUCAAAAAAACUAAAAGGAAGGUAGUACCUCCUUCUCCUAUGACUGAUCCCACUAUGCUAACAGACAUGAUGAAAGGCAAUGUAACAAACGUUCUCCCUAUGAUUCUUAUUGGCGGAUGGAUCAACAUGACAUUCUCAGGCUUUGUCACAACUAAGGUCCCAUUUCCACUGACCCUCCGUUUUAAGCCGAUGCUACAGCAAGGAAUUGAAUUACUCACAUUAGAUGCAUCCUGGGUGAGUUCUGCAUCCUGGUAUUUCCUCAAUGUCUUUGGGCUUCGGAGCAUUUACUCUCUGAUUUUGGGCCAAGAUAAUGCCGCUGACCAAUCACGGAUGAUGCAGGAGCAGAUGACUGGAGCAGCCAUGGCCAUGCCCGCAGACACCAACAAAGCUUUCAAGACAGAGUGGGAAGCCUUGGAGCUGACAGAUCACCAGUGGGCCCUAGAUGAUGUCGAAGAGGAACUCAUGGCCAAAGACCUCCACUUCGAAGGCAUGUUCAAAAAGGAAUUACAGACCUCUAUUUUUUGAAGACCAAGCAGGAAUUAGCUGUGUCAGGAACUCAGAGUAGCGCUUAACCUUGUAACUUUCGUUUGAGCAGGAGCCUCUCGGAAUAAAAAGGAGGAUGCAUGAGCUGGCGGAUGUGCAGCAAGGAUCAUUCUUGUCUGAGCCAGUUCCCCUUUAUGUAUGAAACUAGAGGAAACACAAGGAGUGUGUGCUGGGUGACUUACCCAAAAACAGCUAUUUUUAAAAUGUUUUAAAUUUUCCAUCUGGUGACUCUAGUAAUGAAAGUCAGAGAAAGGGGGAAAACUCAAGCUAGUGAUAAUAUAUAAAACUUAGCAAAAAUACAGUCUUUGGAAAAGGAGUUUUCAAUUAUACGUAAUUAUUAUGUGUAGUCAGCCUGACUUCUAACCACAGUAGACUCCUUUUUUCUUGGAUCCAAACACCCUGCAUUUUACCUUUAAUUUUUUGUUAGUAUUUUUAUAACUUUCUUUACACAAAUAAUACAUUUUCAUUACAGAAAAUUUAAGAACUAUGGAUGAGCAAAAAGUGAAGCUCCCUGUAUUCAUUUUGAGCCUACAGAAUGACAUAAAAAGCAAAUGUGUCAAAACCUUAUUCAGAUAAAUCUUUUUCAGAGUGAAUACCCAGGGCCAGGACAGACUUAGGAAACCUUCGCUAUCUCAUAAUACUGUCCAGUGAAAAUCAGUGACUGUGAGACACUGCCGGAUUCUCAAGUGCCUUUGGGAUCAUUAAAAACAGGUUAAAUAAUGUGAGGUCUUGAUCUGGAGUUCAGAAUACAUCAAAUCCAUUGACAAAUCAAUGGUGCUAUACUGUAUAUGGCUGCUCAGUUGAAUGAAAGCAUUUCCCAGUCAUUCUGCAUAAGAGAGUUUACGUAUCACUGUAAGAAGUGAGAGAGGGCGAUUGCUGGCAGACACAUAGUUAAGGGUUGCCCAGGAAGAAUUUUGUCUGGGUUAACUCCCAGGGAAGUGGCAGGGUGCCAUUUCUGUACCAAGAGGUGAAUGUAAUUUGCAUGUUGAACGCUGUAAUCAAGAACAAACAACUCUUGACUCUACAAAUUAAACCAUCCUGUUUUCUCUUC